AUGAGAUACUUUAUGACCUACCUGUUUUUGCUGAUCGUGGGGCUGGCGGUACCGAUAGUUUCGAUGUACUAUCUUCUAUCUGGAAAGGGUGAGCAAAUAAGUGUCGGAUGGUUCUUGGAGAAGACUUCCCCAUAUAUGUGGGCAUGCUUGGGAAUUGCCAUGGCCGUGUCUUUCUCUGUAGUCGGUGCUGCUAUGGGCAUUCACACGACCGGAGUGAGCAUAGUCGGAGGAGGUGUCAAGGCCCCUAGGAUUAAAACUAAGAACUUGAUCUCCGUCAUUUUCUGUGAAGCCGUAGCUAUUUACGGUUUGAUCACAGCUAUCGUCCUCUCUGGUAUUUUGGAGCAGUACAAGGAGCCAGUCAUCGACAAAAAUAUCGAAGAAGCGAAUUGGAUGGCUGGUUACGUGAUGUUCGGGGCUGGUUUGGCUGUGGGAUUGGUAAACCUGUUCUGUGGUAUCGCUGUCGGAAUCGUUGGUUCCGGCGCGGCCUUGGCUGAUGCCGCCAAUGCUGCCCUUUUCGUCAAGAUCCUCAUCGUAGAAAUCUUCGGAUCAGCCAUUGGGUUAUUUGGACUCAUUGUCGGUAUUUACAUGACUUCAAAGGUCAAAAUGGGCAACCAAUAA